AUGGCCAUCCAAAAGAAACACGGCAAGGGAAGACUCGAUAAGUGGUACAAACUCGCCAAAGAGAAAGGAUAUCGAGCUCGAGCGGCCUUCAAGUUAAUCCAGUUAAACAAAAAAUAUGGCUUCUUGGAAAAGAGCAGGGUGGUGUUGGAUCUGUGCGCCGCCCCCGGAUCAUGGUGUCAAGUUGCAGCAGAGACUAUGCCUGCGCAGAGUCUGAUUAUCGGGGUGGAUUUGGCGCCCAUAAAACCGAUUCCGCGAGUCAUCUCCUUCCAGAGUGAUAUUACAACAGACAAAUGCCGCGCAACCAUUCGAACACAUCUCAAACAUUUGAAGGCGGAUACUGUGCUGCACGAUGGAGCACCGAAUGUUGGUGUUGCGUGGGUGCAAGAUGCCUUUUCUCAAGCAGCGCUUGUGCUGGAGUCUAUGAAAUUGGCUACGGAGUUCUUGAAAGAAGGUGGCACAUUCGUGACUAAAGUGUUCAGAUCGAAAGAUUACAAUGCGCUGUUGUGGGUGUUCAAACAGCUGUUCACGUCAGUUGAGGCUACAAAACCCCCUUCCUCAAGAAACGUGUCUGCGGAAAUCUUCGUCGUUUGCAGAGGGUUCAAAGCCCCGAAAAAACUCGAUCCCAAAUUUCUGGAUCCUAAGCAUGUCUUCGCCGAAGUGCAGGAGCCUACGCCUAACAAUGAAGCUAAAGUGUUUAAUCCGGAAAAGAAGAAAAGAAAGCGAGAAGGUUAUGAAGCAGGGGAUUACACACAGCACAAGGAAAUUCCUGUCUCCGACUUCAUCCACACAACAGAUCCCAUUGCCAUUCUGGGGACGGUCAACAAACUCAGCUUUGAACAAUCUCCGAAUGGUGAUCUCGCUCUGGCAGCCGUGGAUCGACUACCUGAGACGACACAAGAAGUCAGGGAUUGCUGUGCGGACUUGAAAGUCCUAGGGAAAAAGGAGUUCAGGACAUUGCUACGCUGGCGUUUGAAAGUGCGUGACAAGUUCGGCAUGUCGAGCAAGGCAAAGAAAGAGCAAGAGGCCGAAGCCAAAGAGGAAGGAGAGGAAGUUGCGGAAGUUGAGCCAAUGGACGAGGAACUCAGAAUCCAGGAAGAGCUGCAGAGAUUGAAAGACCAAGACUCCAAAGAAAAGCGGAAAUCUCGUCGGAAAGAAAACGAGAGAAAGCGGAAGGAGAUUGUACGGAUGCAGAUGCACAUGACUACUCCACAUGACAUCGGGCUGGAGCAACAAGGCCCAGCUGGAGAAGGGGCGAUGUUCACUAUCAAAUCUGCCGAGAAGGUUCAAGAUCCAGCUAAGAUCACUGAUGGGCAAAUGGACGACGUCGAUGCCCAAGACUCAGAAGACUCAGAAGACGAGUUGGAGGACGAAGACUCGGACGAUGAUGGGGACAGGCUCGAACGCGAACUUGACAUGCUGUACGAAACGUACCAGCAGCGACGGGAGGAAGCGGACGCAAAGCUACGAGCGAAGAGGGCACGAAAAGAAAAAGAGACGGAUGAAUGGGGCGGACUCUCAGACGAGGACCAGGCUGGCGACGCAACCGAUGGAGAAUCCGAUGUCGAGGGCGGUUUUCCCGUCCGGCAGCUCCCCAAAGGCGAAGGUCUUUCCACGCAGGCUGCCAUGUUUUUCGACCAAGACAUCUUCCAGGACCUCGGCAUCGAAGAGGAUAAUGACAGCGCCAUAGCAUUGGAAGACGAGUCCUCGGAUCAAGGGAAACGCGCGCCGUCAAAAGACGUACCUCGAGAGAGUCAGUCAAAGGCACUGAAGUCCGCUCUGAAAAAACCACAGCCUCCUGCCCGACAGCAACAAGCCGACGAUGCAUCGGAUUCUGAAUCCGAACCAGAGAACUCGGCGGAUCCGACGUCGUCAGCCGCCGGUUCUCGGCCUGAAGACCCUCUCUUGCCCAACGGUCAAUUAGACAUUGACAUCAUCACCGCAGAAGCCAUGACGCUUGCGCAGGACCUAGCGACGAGACGCACCAGGGCCGGCGACCUGGUCGACGACAGUUUCAACAAGUACUCGUUCCGCGACGUGGACGGGCUUCCGGAGUGGUUUUUGAACGACGAAACCCAGCAUUCGAAGCCUCAGCGGCCCAUCACCGCGGCGGGAGCGGCCGCCAUCAAGGAGAAGCUGCGCGCCCUGAAUGCCCGGCCGAUCAAGAAGGUGCGCGAGGCCAAGGGCCGCAAGAAGAUGAGGGCCGCGGCCCGGCUAGAGAAGCUGCGCCGCAAGUCGGCGCUGUUGUUGGACGACGAGGGCCUCAGCGAGAAGGACAAGGCCGUCACCAUCGGCAAGUUGAUGGCGCGCGCCGCCAAGAAGGGCCGCCCCAAGGAGAAGGUCAAGGUCGUCGUCGCCAAGGGCCACAACAAGGGCCUCAGCGGUCGACCUCGUGGCGUCAAGGGCAGAUAUAAGAUCGUGGAUGCCCGGCUGAAGAAAGACGUCCGCGCGGAGAAGAGACUGAAGAAGAAACUCAAGAACUGA